UUUUUUUUUUUUUUAAUGUGGUCCCCGCGCCGGAGGGCAAGAAGGAUCGCAAACUUCGCGCAGGGAAAGGAAUGUCAUGCUCUGGGAUGAAGAACAAACCGACUUUGGCCUGAGUGAUGGAGAACGGGAAGUCUCUAGUCCUUAAGAUGGACGAAUCGCUUCACCUCCCUCUGGAAAAGCAUCCCAGCCCAGCAGCUAACGGCAACAAAGAAAGCUUUCAUUCAGAUGAAAGCUCCAACCCUGAAGAGGCUGGCUUCAGUUGGGAUGAAUACCUGGAAGAGACAGAAUCUACAGCAGCUCCACACUCCUUAUUUAAGCACGUGGAAAUCAGCCUUCAAAGCAGUUUGCAGCCUGGUAUGAAACUUGAAGUGGCCAACAAGCACAACGCGGACGCUUACUGGGUGGCUACUACCAUCACCACAUGUGGCCAGCUGCUGUUGCUGCGUUACUGUGGUUACGAAGAUGACCGCCGCGCUGACUUCUGGUGUGAUGUGAUGACCGCUGACCUCCACCCUGUGGGCUGGUGCACGCAGAAUGGGAAAGUGUUGAUGCCCCCGGACGCUAUCAAAGAGAAAUAUUCGGACUGGACGGAGUUCCUCAUACGUGAUUUGACGGGCUCACGAACUGUGCCUGCAAAUUUACUAGAAGGCCCCCUGCGAGGGAAAAACGCUGUAGACCUCAUUACCCUGGACUCCUUAAUAGAGCUGCAGGAUGGCCAGAGUCCCUUUCAGUUCUGGAUAGUGAGCGUGGUUGAGAAUGUCGGUGGAAGAUUGCGCCUUCGCUAUGCAGGAUUGGAGGAAACUGACUCUUAUGACCUGUGGCUGUUUUACUUGGAUUGUAGACUUCGACCGGUGGGCUGGUGUCAAGAGAAUAAAUACCAGCUGGAACCACCUGCAGAAAUCUCUUUGCUGAAGACUGCGUCUGAAUGGCGGACAGUCCUAAACACGACUCUGACCAAGGCAGAAAAAUGUUCCCUUCCCAUGGAAGUGUUUAAGGAUCACGCCGAUUUGAGGAACCACAUGUUCACGGCGGGGAUGAAGUUGGAAGCAGUGGAUCCGCGAGAACCAGCCACGAUUUGCCCGGCUACUAUAACUAAGGUUUUCAACCACCAUUUCGUGCAAGUCACUCUGGACGAUCUCCGUCCCGAACCAUGCAACACGUCGAUGCUUUGCCACGCCGAUUCCUUGGGCCUCCUGCCAGUGCAGUGGUGCCUUAAAAAUGGAGUCCAUCUCACCCCUCCCAAAGGUUAUUCUAAUCUGGAUUUUGACUGGGCGGAUUACCAGAAGCAGUGCGGAGUGGAGGCAGCUCCUGAGGGCUGCUUCAGAAAUGCUUCCUGUAACCGAGCUUUUAUGAAAAACAUGAUGCUUGAAGCAGUGAACCAGAAUCCGGCCGCAAUCUGCGUGGCAUCUGUCACUUCCAUAAAAGGCCGACUAAUGUGGCUGUCUUUUGAAGGUCUACCUCAUGCACCUGCUUCCGAAUAUAUAGUCGAUGUGGAAUCGAUGGACAUCUUCCCUGUGGGCUGGUGCGAAGCAAAUGGUUAUAAGCUCUUGACACCGCAUAAAUACCCCGCGCAAAGGAAGAGAAAGAUUGCAAUCGUCCAACCGGAAAAGCAGUUACCAGCGGGAGUGCCUAUUGUGAAAAUUCAGAAUCCUCACUGCAUUCCCCAGACGGACAUGAUGGGGACCAUCAACGGGAGAUACAACUGCCCCGUGCUCUUCAUCAACCACCGCUGUUUCUCAGGCCCACAUCUCAACAAAGGCAGAUUGGCAGAACUGCCACAGUCUGUUGGGCCAGGGAAAUGCGUCCUGGUUCUUAAAGAGAUUCUUCGCAUGGUGAUCAACUCUGCCUACAAACCCAGGAGCAUUUUGCGAGAGUUGCAACUUGUCGACCCCGGGUGGAAUUUUCAGGAAGAAAACCUCAAAGCAAAAUACCGAGGUAAAACGUACAGGGCAAUGGUCAAGAUAGUUCGUACUUCUGACCAAGUCUCCAAUUUCUGCCGGAAGGUAUGCGCGAAACUGGAAUGCUGCCCCAAUUUAUUUGGCCCUGUUCCGGUUGCCGAAAAUUGCCCCGAAAACUGUUCCAGUCACACCAAAACAAAAUAUGCAUACUAUUAUGGAAAAAGGAGGAAAGUCAUUAAGCCUUCUCCCAGUGAAGAAAACCCUUACAGCCUGGAGAGCAGACACAAGAUCUGGUCGGAUUACAGUAAAAUGCGGAAACCAGGUUUUACACCAAAGAAAAGGUGUCUCUCCACAGCGGAUCUGAAUGGAGCAGGAUCGACAGAGGAGAGUGACGAGGAAGAAGCAGACACCGCGUGGAGCGAGGAAACCAGUCCAGAAUUGCAGGAUGAUCUAACAGAUGUCUCCUCGGAGGACAUACCUUUGGCCAUACCAAUGACCACAAUGAAGUUACGCAGCAGCAGAGGCUCCAUCCAUGUGGCUCGGCCCGAGAGGGACAGGCAAGCCCAGAAGGCACUUUCCUUCCUGCAUGCCAAAAGUGAGAGAACCAGGCAGAUCAAGCAGGCUGUGGAAGAGAAACUCAUCCUAGAGAGCAACCCCUUGGAAUGGACGGUGACCGAUGUGGUGCAAUUCCUCCGGCUGACCGACUGCGCUCCCCUUGCCAAAAUCUUUCAGGAACAGGAUAUUGAUGGACAAGCCCUUCUCCUUCUGACACUACCGACGGUCCAGGAGUGCAUGGAACUGAAGCUUGGCCCAGCCAUCAAACUGUGCCACCAGAUCGAACGAGUGAAGCUGGCUUUUUAUGCCCAGUAUGCCAACUGACAACUACCCUCUGCAGAUUUUCUGUCUCUGCUUUCUUACUGGUUUUUUAAGGCCCUGGCUGCAAUUCCUUUUUUUUCCCUCAACGCUUGGUAUUUAGAAACAUGGAGCCUCUGUGUAUGCAUAGAAGUGCUCACAAAAUGAACCAAAUGAAGAUCUUGAGCUGAAGCCAUAAAUAUUUUAAGGUGCUGGGCACCCCUGUAUGAUCAAGAAGUGAAUCAGGCACUCAACCAGCUCUAAAUAAAAGCAAAGUUUGGAAUUCACCAAAGCUUGCAAGGUUAACUCGUGCCUGAGGUCAUUAGUCAUCCUAGCCCAAAAAACCAACGUUGACAUUUUCACUCAAUGUAUCCAGAAAUAAUUUACUGCUUCAACCAAGUUUUCAUCAGACGUCCCUGACAUCCUGCAAUGUUUGUCCAUUUUGAAGUUUCUGCCUUUAAAAAAUUGAAGUGGGCCCAUGAGGAGGUAAUAGAGUUGGAAGGGACUUUGGAGGUCUUCUAGUCCAACCCCCUGCUCGAGUAGAAGGCCCUGGCCCAUUUCAGAAUUUUUUUUUUCAGUCUCUUUUUGAAAGACUCCAGUAAUGGAGCACCAGCAACAUUUGAAAGCAAUCAGGCUGGAGUUUUAAGGAUACUCUAAAAAUCAAUUUGAAGGGGAAAUUAAGGGUCUAAAUACAGUUUGUGUUUUUAGGGUUUUGAUAGGAGUGUUAACUUUAUAUAGAGAGGGAAGCAAGUUGUAAGAAAAGAGAGCUUUGUCCUAUUUGAACAUCCUUCAGGGAUGUGAGGGAUGCGGUGGCUCAGUGGCUAAGACGCUGAGCUUGUCGAUCGAAAGGUCGGCAGCUCAGCGGUUCGAAUCCCUAGUGGCACGUAACAGGGUGAGCUCCCGUUAUUUGUCCCAGCUUCUGCCAACCUAGCAGUUCGAAAGCAGGGAAAAAAUGCAAGUAGAAAAAUAGGGACCACCUUUGGUGGGAAGGUCACAGCGUUCCAUGCGCCUUUGGUGUUCAGUCAUGCCGGCCACAUGACCAUGGAGACGUCUUCGGACAGCGCUGGCUCUUUGGCUUUCAAACGUAGAUGAGCACCGCCCCCUAGAGUCGGGAACGACUAGCACAUAUGUGCGAGGGGAACCUUUACCUUUACAGGGAUGUGAACUUCAAUUCCCAGAAUUCUUAGCAGUGGCUACCAUGAUUUAAUGGGAUUUAAAACUUCACAUGGUAUAGUUGGAGUGAGGCAGUGACUUAUUAAAAUUUAAUGCAAAGAUGCAUUAUUUUUUUUCUCUCUGUCUCUUGUCUAGAAUUGAACUUUUACUCUGGUUGUAGAUCUUUGUUUAAAAUACCUUUGAAAACCCCUUUGAAAAGCAUGAUUGCUGACAUGUUGAAGAAUUGGUUGGGUUUAAAUUUUCUGGCUUUUUAAAAAAAAAUAAUAAGCAUGAAGGGAUGGUCUGGUUUAAAAAAAAAGCAAAAGAAAAGCAAGUUGUUCAUUUUACCACGUAACAAAAAUGUGCAGUUAAAACUGGAUUUUUUAAAAAACUCUUUGUACAGGAUUCUAUAUCUGUAAAUAGAGAGACACAAAUCUAUCCGAUAUGAUUUCAUGUAAAUAAAGGGGAAGGUCUAUAUAUGCAGAGUUAUAUUUUAAUUUUUAUUCAGACCAAAUUUUUACUUGGAAGAGGCAUAAACUGUUGUUAAUAAAGUCUAUCAAAAGCA